AAAAAAGCAUACAAGAGAAAAAAACCCUUUGAAUUCAAUGACUGUGGGAAAGCCUUUAACAGUAAGGGACACCUUAUAGCCCAUCAAAAAAUUCAUAGUGGGGAGAGAUCCUUUGUGUGCAGUGAUUGUGGGAAAGCAUUUGUGCACGAAGCACAACUGGUGGUCCCCCAGAGACUUCACACUAGAGAGAAGCCUUAUGAAUGCCAUCCGUGCGGGAAGUUGUUCACUCAGAACUCCUCCUUUACCCAACAUGUGAAAUCUCAUGCACUCAAGAACUCAUUUGAAUGUAAAGAAUGCGGGAAAACCUUUGAGUACAGUUCAUCCCUUUAUAAACGUUCUAGAUUUCAUAUAGGAGAGAAAUCCUACAAAUGUAGAGAAUGUGGCAAAGCCUCAGUGCUUGUCAUGCAUCAGAGGAUUCAUACAGGCGAGAGACCCCACGGGUGUACGAACUGUGGAAAAGCCCUCAUCAAGAAGUCGCAUCUCCUUAAACAUUACUUAACUCCUACAGCAGAGCAACAUAACAAAUGUAAUGCAUGUGGGAGAUGUUUUAACUGGAAGACACAUCUCACUGUCCAUCAAAGAACUCAUAAACACAUGGAAGCUUUGUGAAUGUGGGAGAACGUGCAGUUAGCCUUUUAAUAAAGCAGCAAAGAAUUAAUAAUGAGAAAAAAAACACACCAAUUCGAUGAAUGUGGAAAAGCAUGUUCUGAAAUUCAUAUUCUGUAAGUGGUACUGCUAAUUUUAUUGAGAAGAUUACAGAAGAUUUUGAGUUUACAAGUUGAGAAUUUUACUGCAUAGCAUAAAACUGAAGAAGUUGUAAACAAUUUAAAAAUCAAGGCAUCUUGGGGGCGCCUGGGUGGCGCAGUCGGUUAAGCGUCCGACUUCAGCCAGGUCACGAUCUCGCGGUCCGUGAGUUCGAGCCCCGCGUCAGGCUCUGGG